UUACUCUACACCGUUCACAUUAAACACACUAAUAAAAAAUCCCCUAAACAAAUAAAGAAAAAGUUAUCAAGUUUUUUCGUUCUGUAGUUUUUUCGCGCACAAAAACCCAAAAAUGUCUUUUCUAGCAUCUCGUUUCCUAACCUCAAACCUUCGCUAUAUUGAACCAACACACAUCCAAAUACGUAAUUAUGCGGCCCGGAAAGGCACCCGUGAGCGAAAAGCUAAAAAAACGGUCAAAAAAGAGGUCAUUGAGACCCCCAAAUUCAUCCCCCAUAACCAACGAGACAAAGAAAAGUUGCUAGCCCUGCGCCCCAAACUAAAAUAUGACGAUUCUUGGAAGCAUUUGCCCCCCAGUGACGACGUCUACCAGGUCAAGUUCUACCAAAGACUCGCAAUGUCUUUCGAGGGGGCUGUCACCAACCACCGGGAGACCCACCACCCGGACAUGUACAACGAGCCAGGGGCUUGUCUCGGGGUGCGCAUCGAGCUCAACAUGCAGGGGGAGAAAGCCACCCGUUUCGUGGAGGACUUCACCAGGAUUGUCUCAAUUCCGUUCAAGUUCGACCACGGGGAGGAGCGCUCGAUUAUAGCCUUCGCGAAGACGCCCCCGGCGCUCAAGGAGGCCCUCGACGCGGGGGCCCAACUCGCCGGAGGCGUCGACCUGAUCAAACAGAUCCAAAAUGGGGCUGUCUCUCUCCAAAACUUCAAAUACAUCAUCGCACAUCCCGAUAUUUUGCCCGAAUUGGUGGCUUUAAGGGGGCUCAUGAAACGGCGCUUUCCCAACCCCAAAAUGGGGACGCUUGACGUCGAUUUGGGGGGCGUAGUCUCGCGGUUUGUCAAUGGGAUUAGUUACACGGCGAAAAAGGACGAACAUGAGAAGGAUUUCGGGCUGAUUGAGACUGUUAUUGGGACUUUGGAUAUGGAUUUGAGACACUUGGAGGGGAAUUUUGGGGCCCUGGUCAAGGAUGUGUACACGAUGAGGCCCAAAAGACAAGGGGAUUUCAUCUCGAGGUGUCUGAUAGUGAGCCCCCCUAGUAGGGAGAUGUUCAAGGUCGAUUAUAGGGGGUACGUGGAGGAGCCCCAGGAGCCCGAGGAUAUAGGCGAAAGAGUUGCUCUAUAAUGUAAAUAAAUAAUUAAUAAAAAUUAAUACAUU